AUGGUACCAAACUGGAUCACUAUUUGGCUUGAUCUAACAUAUGAUACCUCAGCCACUACAACUGGUAGUGUGGCAACUCAUCUAUGUUUAUGCAAGACUGAUCCAUAUCUACUUACUUUUCGUAGCUCAGACAAAUGCAUUGACUAUAUUACUGAUUUACAAGAUGAUGAUAAAGUAAUCCUUUUAAUUUCAAACGACACAUCUGUUCAUACGCUGCUACAACAAAGUGAAGAACUUCCACAAGUUGAUUCAGUUUAUAUUCUAUCUUCAAAUAAAACCUUCGAAACAUCGACUAAAAUUCGUGGAAUUUAUACGAAUCUCGAGUCAUUAUGUGCUCACUUAUGGCAGCUAUCUAACAUAAAGCGGUAUCGUAGAGAAAGUUCUUUGGAUAGUGAUUUCACUAUCAGCUCAUUAUCUCCCAUACCUGAUGCUUAUACCACUCCAUUUGUUACUACAACCAGUCAACUACACUUUUCACCAUCAUCGAACGACAGUACUACUAAACGGCAGGAAGCUGAAUUUAUGUACGCAGGAUUUCUACGAGACAUUUUAGUUGAUCUCAAAUCAACAAAAGAAGAAAUGAUUGAAUUUUGUCGUCAAAAAUGUGCUGAUAAUCAAGCAGAUCUGAAUGUUAUUGAUGAAUUUGAAGAUUAUUAUGAUGCUAUACAUGUAAUCUUCUGGUAUACACGUGAUACAUUUCUCUAUCGUCACUUGAACAAAGCACUGAGAGAACAGGAUGUCGAUACACUUUACUCACUGCGAUGCUUCAUUAAAGACCUUCAUUUGCAGCUAAAAGAACGACACGUCGAACAACAACAGAAAUCAACAGCACCUAUUGAUGCAAUUCACCAAACAGUAGAAACAGUUUAUCGAGGACAGUUAAUGACUAAUGAGGAAUUCGAUAAGAAAAUACGACAUAAUGAUGGAGGAUUCUUCUCAGUAAGUAAUUUUUUAUCAACAACUGCGGAUAAAAACUUAGCUAGUGUCUACGCUGGUAAUCGCAGUAGCAGCCAGACAUCUGAAGAACAGAGUGUUCUAUUUCAAAUUGAGAUUGACAAAGCCUUAAACAAAUUUCCGUAUGCAUUCAUUUCGAAAGAAAGUCAAUUCGGCGAUGCUGAAAAAGAAAUUCUAUUUACAAUGGGAGCUGUUUUUCGAAUACAGUCAGUUAAUUCCAGUAAUGAAGGUUACUGGGAUGUUCAUUUAAAACUGAGUGGCGACGAGGAUCAGAAAUUAAGAAUACUGACUGAACAUCUGAGGAAAGAGAUUGAAUCUUUUGAUUCUCUUUCAAGAUUGGGAAGAUUGAUGUAUGAGAUUGCAAAUUAUGAGAAAGCUGAGCAAUAUCAUCUUUUGGAGCUUCAAGAUCCCAGUGUUAUUAAUGAUUUUUCAUGUCUGUCCAAUAUUCAUAAUCAACUUGGCUGUAUAUAUCAGUUUAUGAAUCAGCCAGCUAAAGCCACAGAACAUCUCGAAAAAUCACUUGAAAUUGACCGACAACAUCUUCCGGAAGCUGAUUCAGCUGGAACAUAUAAUAAUCUAGGAAGUAUUUACGACGAUCAAGGUGACUAUGAGAAAGCGUUAUUGUAUUAUAACAAAGCAUUAGGAACUGAACUGAAUGCACCUAAUUCAGAUCAAAUAAGGAUGGCAAAUUAUUACAAUAACAUUGGAUUGGUUUACCACGGACUACAACGUUAUUCGGAAGCAUUAGAAAUGCUCGAAAAAUCUUUACAGAUCCAACAAAAAAUCCUUCCUCCUAAUCAUCCGUCACUCGCAAGAUCAUAUAACAACAUUUCUUUAGUUUAUAAUAAACAAGGUAACACUAAUCAAGCAAUUGAGUUUCUAAACAAGGCACUGGAAGUACAAAUCAAUUCACUUCCACCAAAUCAUCCAGAUCUAGGUACAGCAUACACUAAUAUGGGUCUAGUAUUAAAUGACCAAGGUAAACAAAAAGAAGCAUUAGAAAUGCAUGAAAAAGCUCUUGAAAUUUGGUUAAAAGUUCAUCCCAUUAAUCAAUCCAAAAUUGCAAUUUGCUACAAUAACAUUUCAAAAGUUUAUUUUGCACAACGAGAUAAUGGGAAAGCUAUUGAAUAUUUAAAUAAAGCACUUGAAAUUCAAGUUAAGUUUCUUCCGUCGUAUCAUUUGACCCUGGCAAUAACCUAUAGCAAUUUGGCAUUUGCAUUAAAAGAACAAGGUAAACUGAGUGAAGCUUUGGAAAUGCAUGAAAAAUGUCUACAGAUUCGAUUAAAAGCCCUACCCCCUAAUCAUCGUCAAAUUGCUGAAGUGUAUCAUGGCAUAUCACUAGUCUAUCGUUCACUCUGCGAUUAUGAUAAAGAACUUGAAUAUUUAAAUAAGACACUUGAAAUCAAACAAAAGUUACUGCCUGCAAAUGAUCCAUCGCUGGCAACAACUUACCGUCAUAUAUCAGAAGUUUACCUUGUACAAGAAGAUAAUGAAAAAGCUGUCGAAUAUUUAACCAAGACACUUCAAAUUGAACUCUAUUCACUUUCACCCGAUGAUCCGUCAUUAGCUAUAACCUAUAACAAUUUGGGUUCAGCUCUUAAAGAACAAGGUAAAGAGAAAGAAGCAUUGCAUAUGUUUGAAAAAUGUCUUGCAAUACAGAUGAAAGUUCUUCUAUCCGAUCAUCCUGACAUAGCGACAACUUAUCAUCACAUUUCUCAGAUAUACCUUCAACAAGGUAAUAAUGACGUAGCAAUCGAAUAUCUAAACAAAACACUUACGAUUCAACUGAUUUCACUUCCACCAGAUGAAUCAUCACUUGCAACAAUUUACCAUGAUAUAUCACGAGCAUACAAUGCCCUCGAAAAUUAUGAGAAAGAAAUCGAAUAUCUAAAUAAAGCCCUUGAAAUUGAACUGAUUUCUCUGCCUGCAAACGAUCCAUCAUUAGCUACAACUUAUUACAAUUUAUCAGAAGCGUACAAUGAACUUGAAAAUUACGAUAAAGUGGUUGAAUAUUUAAAUAAAACACUUGAAAUUGAAUUAAGUUCCGUUCACGCAACAGAUAAUCCAUCAUUAGCCACAACCUACAACAAUUUGGCUUUAGCAUUCAACGCACAAGGUAAAAUUGAAGAUGCAUUACAUAACAUGACCAAAGCAUAUGAACUUGGUUCUAAAAAUUUACCAGCUGAACAUCCUGAUAUUAUCGAAUAUCUAGAAUGGAUUGCCGAUGUAGAAAAACAACUAGCUGAGGCUGAAGUAGAAGAAAAUAACUAG